AAUGGUUUAGACGUUUAUUAGGAGCAUCCAUCAUCACUCACACUCACUACUUCCCUCAACUUUCACUUUCCAAUUGGGCAGAUUUUCCAAAAGCAACAAGGGAAUCAAACCUCCCUCCCUAGUCUCCACCACCUCCAACCCCAUUUCAUCAUAUGAUCCAUCCCCUCAAAAUUCACAAUGCUAUGGACACACCCCAAUUGACCCUCUCACUUUCACAGCUAUGAGAGAGCUCCACCAUCCCAUGGAGAUUCAACUCAAAAAAUGGCCAUCACCCAAAAUGACACCAAAAGAGUCACCACAACCACAACCAAUAGCCACCAAGCUGAAAUGGAAGAAAAUCUUCUUCCACACAAAAUCCAAAACCAAAACCCCACCAGAAGAGUUCCUCUGCCCCCUUUCCCGCUCCCUCAUGUCCGACCCCGUCAUCGUCUCCUCCGGUCACUCCUUCGAACGCGCCGCCGUGGAAGCCUGUAAAAAUCUAAACUUUACCCCCCAACUCCCCGACGGCACCACCCCCGAUUUCUCCACGCUCAUUCCCAACCUCGCCCUCAAAUCCGCCAUCCUCAAAUGGUGCCAAACCACCCAAACACCCCCUCCACACCCCCCCAACAACAACCUCGUACAAACCUUAAUCCCCUCCACCCCAAACCUCAUACCCUCCGACAAAGAUUCCAUUUUUAACCAAAACCCACACCACCACGCCGAAACCGAAAUCCCCAUUAGACCCACACACUUGUACUCGAGCUCCGAGGAAUCCAUAGCGACAACCUCAGCCUCCACGCCGCCGCUGCAACUCUCCACGCGCCGCAGUUGCUGCUGCUCCUCCUCCCCUUCUUCAUCGGAGCUGGAACCCGCCACAACCCCAGAAGAAGAAGAAAUCACCACAAGCCUCAAAAACCCCAAUUUCGACGUAGUCGAAGAAACACUCCUCUCUCUCAGAAAACUAACCAGAGUGAGAGAAGAAACAAGACUCCAACUUUGCACGCCACGUGUCCUCUCCGCGUUGCGUUCCCAUGUUUUAUCGAAACACGCGAACGUUCAAGUGAACGCUCUCGCCUCGCUGGUGAACCUCUCGCUGGAGAAAACCAACAAGGUGAAGAUCGUGCGGUCGGGGAUGGUUCCGCCGUUGAUCGAGGUUUUGAAGAAUGGAUCCUCUGAGGCGCAGGAGCACGGUGCGGGCGCCUUGUUCAGUUUAUCUCUCGACGAUGCUAACAAAACCGCCAUUGGGGUUUUGGGUGGUUUGGCGCCGUUGCUUCACAUGCUCCGAUCCGACAACGAGUUGACUCGCCACGACUCGGCCUUGGCGCUUUAUCAUUUGUCUUUGGUUCAGAGUAACCGGUCCAAGAUGGUUAAGCUCGGUUCGGUUCCGGUUCUUUUGAAAAUGGCUAAGGCGGGUCACAUGACGGGUCGGGUUUUAUUAAUUUUGGGAAACUUGGGUUCCGGGUCGGACGGGCGGGCCGCGAUGUUGGAUGCGGGUGUGGUGGAGUGUUUGGUCGGGUUACUGAGUCGGGCCGAGUUGACCAGGUCGACUCGGGAGAGCUGUGUGGCGGUGAUGUACGCGCUGAGUCAUGGCGGUUUGCGGUUCAAGGCGGUGGCGAAAGCGGCGGGGGUGGUGGAGGUGUUGCAAAAGUUUGAGAAGGUGGGGAGUGAGAGGGGGAGGCAUAAGGUGAGGAAGAUAUUGGAGGUUAUGAGGGCCAAGGAGGUGGAGGAGGAGGAUGUGGAUUGGGAAGAGUUGCUUGACUCGGGGCUGGGUUGCCGGACUCGGGGUCGACUCGGUGGUGGCUUGGACGAGUCGGGUGCUAACUCGGCCGAGUUUUGAGUACAGUGGAAUAUUUGUUUUUAUUUUUAAUGUAAUUAUUUGUUUCUUUUAGAAUAGAGUGUUAUUAAGGUUCUAUUGGUUUUUAUGUUGUUCUUUUUUUUACUAAAGAAACUCCAUUGUUUUAUGAUUUUUGAAGUUGGAUGGAGAAUUGGUAAAUGGGAAUAAUGUUUUUUUCAAUUUAAUUUGUGUUACCAUUGUAAAUUUUUUGGCUUAAUUAUAUUGUUUGUUUUCUUUAA